AUGGCGGAAAAAGACGAGAUAGAAAACGAACUGCUCAAGGAGGACGAUUUAUCAACUAGCGAAGAUGAUCCGACCAUAAAAAACGUCCUUCGAUCGAUAGAUGCUCAUAUGGCUACUUUGGCGAACAAUAUGUCAAAUAUGAGUCAAGAAAUCCGCAAAAUAAAACAAACUCCAACCGCUACUGCCAAACGAGAUUCUCGGGCGGUGGAGUCAGCAGAGUCUUUGACUCUGAGCAGCCAGAAAAGGAGGUCGAAUGAUCAAGAAGGGAGUGAUGUUGAUCCCCUGAUCGACGACCAUCCUUCAGAGCAAGAGACCGAAUCAGCUGAAACUAAAGAUGGCGACGAGGAAGAUGCAUUCCUCACAACGUUAGCUAUGGAGUAUUCGGCUGACGAUAAAACAAGUAGUCCGGUCUCGACUCAGCUGGCUGAUAUCGUCAAUAAGAGAUGGUCGUCAAAAUUAUCGGACGACAAAUUCAAAGAGAAAAUAGCGAAAUAUGACCGACCAGAGAACUGCGAACGAUUGUUUGCUCCCAAGGUAAAUCCCGAAAUUUGGUCCCGAAUAUCAAACAUGGGCCAACGACAGGACCUUAAACUUGUCGCUAUCCAAAAAACCUUGGUGGCAGUUGGCACAGCUCUCACACAGUCUGCUCAACUGCUUAUGAAUGCCCGCCAAACUGGCGGCAUUCGGCGCCAUGAAGGCGGCGAAAACAACACCAUGAACGAAGUUCUCACACUUCAAGUGGAUGCCCUUGCUCUCCUGGGGCAUACAAAUUAUGACCUUUCACUCCGUCGUCGCGAAACGAUGAAACCCAGCUUGAAUAAAGAGUAUGCUUCAUUGUGCUCUUCCCAAACAUCGGUAACCUCGAUGUUGUUUGGCGAUGAAUUACAAAGCCAACUAAAUGCAAUUCGACCGUCGAAUCGAAUUAGCCAAACGGCCACCCAGUCCACGACUGGACAUUUUGGCAGUCACAACAAAUCGACUUUUCAACGGCAUCCAAGAAAUGAUCGUGAAAAGUCUUUUUUAUCCAAAGGCCCCAACCCGCGUUGGUCGAACAACAGAUUCCCCAGUCAUCAGAAAAAGCGGGAAGGGGGCAACAAGUUCAACAAGAAGUGACUGCCAUCGACAAGGAUAUAAUUUAUACACAUCUAUCUAAAGUUAAGGUAAACGAAUUUUUAACGUUUUUACCGGUGUUGAAGGAGCAUUUUAACAUGCAAAUAAGCCACUUUCGUGGUGGUCGUCUUGCUCAUUUUUAUCAUGAGUGGGAAAAAAUUACUUCCGAUCGAGAGAUUUUAGAUAUAGUGAGCGGCCAACGUAUAGAAUUCGACACCAUGCCGCUUCAAAACUAUCCAAGGUCACUAUCCAAGUGUACGGAAGCCGAACAGGCUGUCAUACGGGCUGAAAUUGUAAAACUACUUCACAAAGCUGUAAUUGUUCAUGUACAACAUGAACCUGGAGAAUUCAUAUCUCCAAUUUUUGUACGCCCCAAAAAGGACGGCACAAGUCGAAUGAUUUUAAAUCUGAAAGAGCUUAACCAGCAUGUAGAAUACCACCAUUUUAAAAUGGAAACACUCAUUGAUGCUAUCAGGCUUAUGACCCCUAAUUGUUUUAUGGCGUCAGUGGAUCUUAAGGACGCGUAUUAUUCGGUCCCUAUUGCCAAGCCACACCAAAAAUAUCUAAAAUUUGCAUGGGAAG